UAUUAGUUUCAUUAUAUCCACGAAAAAUUUCCAUUCAGUAGUGGGAACGAACUGAUCCUUCUGGCUGAAUGGCAAUUCAUUUUGCUGCUGCUGCUUGUGUUAUGUAGCUGGACUCAGCUUAGAACAGCUUUGUUAAGGCUUCUGCUCUGGGAAUUGGGCUCUUAUGGGGCGAAAGGAUCUGCUUUGCUCUUCUUCGAGGAUGAUUUUUAUGGCGGUGGUUGUUUCGGUGGUCGGUCUUUUUGGACUGGUUUUUCAGGCCACACAGUUGCCUUCUCCACAGAACAGUGUGGAAUCAGUGGGCUUAUCUGUUUCUUCUCCAAGAAUCAAACUCAGAGAUGGAAGAUUUUUGGCUUACAGGGAGAGAGGAGUGAGCAAAAAUGAUUCCAUCUACAGGAUCAUUGUUUCCCAUGGUUUUGGAAGCUCCAAGGAUAUGAAUGUUCUAGCCAGUCAGGAACUAAUAGAUGAGUUGGGGAUCUAUUUUAUUCUAUUCGAUCGACCCGGGUACGGAGAAAGUGAUCCAAAUCCAAGCCUGACAGUAAAAAGUGAAGCAUUUGACAUUGAAGAACUUGCUGAUCACUUGCAAAUUGGUUCCAAGUUUUAUGUGAUUGGUGUCUCAAUGGGAUCAUAUUGCAUUUGGGGUUGCCUUAAAUACAUACCAAACAGGCUAGCUGGUGCAGCGCUGAUUGUCCCAACUGUUAACUAUUGGUGGCCUUCCCUUCCUCAUAGUCUGGUAAGCAAGGAUUACAGGAGACAACUUGUGCAAUGGGCUUUCCGGUUUUCGCGCUACGCCCCGGGAUUGUUAUUUUGGUGGAUUACUCAUAAAUGGAUACCCUCAACUGCUGUCCUGGAACGAAAUCCCAUGUUCUUCAGUGAUCGAGAUAUCGAUAUCUUGAAGUCGAUUCCAGGAUUCCCAAUGCUCACACAGAAUAAACUACGGGAAAGAGGCGUUUUCGACACCCUUCGUCGUGACUUUAUGGUAGCGUUCGGAGAAUGGGGGUUUGAUCCUAUGAGUCUAAGCAAUCCUUUCCCUGAAAAUGGAAGCUCAGUGCACAUAUGGCAGGGUUAUGAAGACAGAGUUGUGCCAUUUCAACUUCAGAGAUAUGUUUCUGGGAAGCUGCCAUGGAUUCAGUAUCAUGAAGUUCCUGAUGGAGGCCAUUUGAUCGUGCAUUAUAGAGGUUUGUUUGAGGCCAUAUUAAGAGCCCUUCUAGUUGGAGAAGAAUUUUGUACUUAUCCUAAGCCAAAUUUGUCCAAUAUUAUAGUUUGAAUUUGUUCUCAUUUGUUCUGCAUUGUGAAUGUUUAUGUGCAUAUUUUAUUUUCCUUUUGGAAUUUUCAGAUGUAGAAAGCAAUUUGAUGAAUUGAAGGUGUUAGUAAUUUUUUUAUAUAUGUAUCAAACUUCUAGGUCAAU